GGCACUGACUGGCGGCACUGCUAGGUAUUGACUGGUGCAACUGCUGGGCACUGACUGGCAGCACUGCUGGGCUGCACUGAUGGGCACUGGUGGGCACAGGUGUGUGGCACUGCUGGGUGGCACAGGUGGGUGCACUGCUGGGCACAGGUGGAUGCACUGCUGGGCACAGGUGGGCGGAACUGGUGGUUGGCACUGCUGGGCACCGAUCAUCAGGGCACUAAUCAUCAGUGCCCUGAUGAUCGGUGCCGAUCCCUGCUCUGACAACUGCCGGUUCUCGGCAGUACUUUCCUCACGCUCUGACAGCGUGAAGAAAGUGCAGCCGAGAACCGGCAAUUGC